AUGAAUUGUUCUAAUUUAACUGAUCCUACUCAUCGCUUUUCUUAUCGACAUACUGGUUUAUCGGAUUAUUUAAUUCCUUGUCGGAAUCAACAAGAAUGUCGUAAUUUGACUUCUGAACAUCGAAAGAAAUAUUUUCAUGGUGAAAAAAUCAAUACAUUGACAGUAAAUCAAAAUAUUCCAAAAAUUAAUUUCAAUCGAGCAAAAGCAAUUGAAAAUCAAGCAACAACUAUUUUAACAUUUCCUAUUGUCAAAAGAAAUGGCUUCAUCCAACCAAUGUUCCACAAGAAGGAACAACCAACAGUUGCAUCUUCUAGAAAGCUAAGUUUCUGCAAUGGUGAUGCUUGCCAAACGUGUUAUAAUCAAUCAUUUUUUACGAUAUAUUUAAUUAGUUAG